AAGGAUAUUCGCUUCUAGACUUCAAUUAGCGUCAAGAACCGGAUGAUUAUAAUCUGCAAGAGAUUAAAGGGGAUGAACAGCUGAUGAAGCUCAGCUGCGCACGAAUAGCACGUCCCAACAACAAUCGUGACUACCUUGAGCGAGAAAUGCGCAGAGGCCUGACAAUUAUAACAAGCAGACACUAAUCAUAAUGCAUCAAGAAAAGGCUAAAAUGACAGCGCCCCUAAGUGGAGUCUCUUCAAACAUGAUCAAUACCCUCUGUCUUUAUGUUCUGCUGAUUCAAGUGGGUCUCUUAGGAAGAGGUGUCGCCGACUAUGUAGAGACCGCACCUCGACCAGGCGCCCCCCUUCCUCCAGCAAUCUCUCGUGGAGAUUGCCCCUUGGUUUUCUUGCAAUCAGACAUCCGGCAUGCCAAGGAUUCGGCGUGCUCUUCCAGCGUGGCAACCACCACCGCGAAUGGAGCAGACCUUCCAACCAGGUGCUGUAAUCAGAUUCGGGCAGCGUUGUUCCAAGCAAGGACGCGUUAUGCAAAUGACACCGGCCGCCUGCUGCUUCCACAAGCGUCAGCAGAUGCAUGCGUCCAGAAUUUCAAGGCUUCCUUGUUGGCGGCUGGAGUACCUGAUGUUGGAAACUGCAAUAUUACCAGUGCAACACUCUCUGAGGAGACAGGCGAGGCUUGUGGAAGCAACCUCACAACCGUAUACGACUUUUGGUCUGCAACAAACCGCACUUUUCCAGGUACUGUGGGUGCCAGCUGCUAUGUUGCGACUCAAGGGAACUGUGGCCUCUGCACCACUUUGAUCACAAACAAGAUCUUGUCUCUUGGGGGCAGCACCACUGCUUUACUCAGCACACCAACAUGCCAAGGUUUGGCCCAGAUUGCGAUGACUGCAGCUGCUUACCCUGUUGCUAUGGCCAACGGGAUCUCCCAGUGCCUACACGCCGUUGACAUCACUCCCAUCAUACCGGCAGCCAAAUGCACGGCGUUUGACUGGGAGGCGCAAAACUUUACCUCCAUAGCCCUCAGCUGUGGCCCGGCCCAGAUCCGCCCGGAUCGCUGUUGCGACCUCAUUAUCGGAAUGUUUGGCCAGCAGAACGGGUUCUAUUUUCAAAAGACAGGGAGUCCGAUCCCUCAGGAAGAGGCCCAAGUGUGCUUCUCGGUGUUCAAGGAGGCCCUCUUGGCCCACGGCGUUUCGCUCUUUGUUCUGGAUACAUGCGGCCACGCGUCGGCUGCAACCCCCCUCAUCAGCGUUGGCUGCUACAAUUACACCACUGCUUACCAACGCGUUCCAAGCCGGUAUAUGAACCGGAUCGCCGCCUCAUGCAACCGUUCUACCAGCGAUUGCAGCCGCUGCAGGCCGACUUUAUAUGGCGAAGUCGCCAACGAACUCGCAAACACCGAUGACACGAGCUACUUCAGCUCCUGCGCAAUUAUGCUGGCACUGCAAUUCUCAGCCUCACUGUCUAGCCUGGACGAGAUCACCGCUUGGCAGAACUGCUACUUCCGGUUCCCACCCCCGUUGACGCUUUCGCCUCCCAUUUCUCCGAGUAGCGCUGGCAUCAAGUGGUGGCUAGUGGGAACCUUGUCCGGUGUCGGAAUAAUGGUUCUCCUCCUGGUCAUCCUAGCGGUAGUUGUUGUCAAGCGCUUUCCUCUCACCAAAGUUCAGUACAACUCCAAGCUGGCAGUGCUGAGCCGCAUGUCGUCAAUAAGAAAACGCGCCUUACAGCAGCGGUUGCAAAUCUACAGCAGGAAGCAACUAGAGAAGGCGACGGGAAACUUCGAUGACAGUCAACUUUUGGGUAGUGGGGCUUCCGGAAAAGUGUACGUUGGUGAGCUCAAUGGAGAGGUGGUUGCAAUCAAGGUUGCUAUCAUCAAGACGGGAAAGAAUGGAGCAAAGGAAGCGUGGAACGAGAUUGCGACUUUAGCCCGAUACCGGCAUCGCCACCUGGUGUUCUUGAAGGGGUGCUGCUUCUUGGAGCCUCACUGCAGCCUCGUUUACGAGUUCGUGGAGCAAGGCAGUCUGGAAGACCAUCUUUACCCUGUACAAGGCGGCACUCAGCAGUCGUUCAGAAGUUCGGAGUCGCGCUUCUUGGACUGGCCGACUCGCGAGAAGGUCGCGCUCGGGACUGCUCGCGGGCUGAUCUACCUCCACAAUGAUUGCGUUCCGCAGUGCAUACAUCGUGACGUGAAACCGAGCAAUAUCCUGCUCACGCGUGACUUUGAGGCGAAGCUAUCCGACUUCGGCCUUGCGAAACAAACGGACGCGGACGUCACACACGUCACAACGGCGGUCGCGGGUACGUGGGGCUUUCUGAGCCCGGAGUACGUGGCUACCGGAAAGCUGACGGAUAAGAGUGACGUGUACAGCUUUGGGGUGGUGUUGCUAACGUUGGUGGCCGGCAGGCGGCCCACCGUUCAGGACGUUCCUCCAGAGCAGGUGCAUUUGACGGAAUGGGCAUGGACGCUGGCGGAACGGAACGAACUUAGGAUGCUGUUUGACCGACAAUUAUCUAUGGCGGAACGAGAGGAGCAUGCGGAAAGCAUGGAGCGGAUGGCCCGGAUUGCCCUCCUGUGCGUCCACACAACCACCAGCAUCCGGCCCACCAUGCUGGAGUGCGCGGACAUGCUUUUGCAAGAAACGGAGGUGCCCCGUCUUCCGCGGCGCCCUAUGACCCUCUAUUCGAUAUCGUCGUUGGCGUCUUCUCCGGAGACUGGCACUGCUAGUUAGAUGCCCUCCUCGUGGCAGAGAAGCUCAGACCGGAGCGAGGGUGCAUCGCAAUCUCGGGGGCGUAUGAGUAGACUGGAGGAAACGAACUUGUGGAUAGAGAGGAAAGGAAUUAGAAGGUGGUGACCAUCUUGGUUUGCAACACGAGAACGUUUGGAAGCGACCGUCAAGCAACUACAGCUAGGGUAGGAAGUCAACGGGUUUAGCGCCGGACGCGGCAGUUGAUGUAGGGCACCAAGGACAGGUAUGUGGGCAAUGAAAUAUUGCCACCCGACGGUCACUUCCAUUUAAUCUAGUAGACUGACGGUCUGAAUAUAUUCGCAC